GGUGAAGAAGGCACAUGCAAUGUCCCCUUCACAGGAACAGAAAUCUCCCUUAAAUUCAUCAGAAGUCUUGACAUCUGGCAGCUGGGAACUCCCCCCAACUGAAUGUGGUGGCUUUGACCACAUGUCCAUUUCCCUGCUGUUUUAUUUAUCUUCGAUGCUGCCAGCACCACUGAAUCACGAUUCCUUACCCCCUCUCCUCUCUGAGGUUUUCCUUCCUCCCUCAGGAAUGCAAACACAGUGUUUCAGAGCAAAAUGGCAUUUCGGCCCUACCCAGUUAAGCUCCAGAUUGCAUGCUGUAAUAGCAGUGCGGAAAUAGGAGGGGUGAAUGAAGUUUAAAUGAUGGCUUAAAAACAGGCUGUUACAAGCAGGGAGCUGCACGGAACACGGAGUGACUGCUAAAUCGAUGUUCUCUCUCUGAGUAACCCAGAACUGUUACCGCGGGACCAAUUUUCAGCUUGCCUCCUCAGAUUGCCUCUCUCGUACUGUUCAGCAAGUGAAAUGGCCUCUGUCCUUGGAGGUCUCAGCCUUGCGCUUCCCUCCUCGGGCCAUCAGUCAUUGCAGAUUGUUUUCUACCGUCGCUCCUGAUUUCAUCAGGGCUAUGAGACAGCGGGGAGCGCUCCGGCUGGCUGCUUUGCACCACCACCAACUCAGGUUAGCGGUGGCUUGGGCAAGAUGGGGUUAGCACAGCAUCGAGGUGAGGCACGUCUGGCAACAGAGGAGGGAAUUGUAGCAGUGGCACAUCUGGUCCAGCUGCUCCCGCCUGCCAGCAGCGUCCUGGUGGCUGUGGUUACCCAGAGCAAGCUGCCAACUUUGCUAAAUGGUGCUGGAAUGGCACCGAGACACAGCUCCCCUGGGAUGGGGGAGCCACGUUAGCAUCUACUCCCCUCCUUUCUCCCCGUCCCACACAUGGCUCUUCUGUGCUGAUGCACAGAUGUGAACGUGGGCCAGAGGCUUCCCAAAAUGAGAAAAUUGAAGCAUGGUAGUGGCUCGUCUAGAUAUCAGAUUUUCAGAGAGUAAUUCACCGCUUCCCUCGGAGGAGGCUGGGGGAGGCAGUCAGGCGGGGCUAUACGCGGCCACAGAUGGGCACUUUGGGAGUACGUGGGCUAAAUGCUACCCGGUGUGCUGUCUGUGGUCCUCGUGAUCAAAUACUAAACGGCCUCCUGGACACUGCUGGUGGAUGACAGUAAAAGCUUCCUGAACAUCUUGCCAAGAGUGAAAGCAAUCAUACGAGGGCCUUCAUCUUCAGAUCCUGCGUGUUUUUGGCAGGGUGGCAGAGAACCAAACCCCAUUCUUUGCAAAAACAUUGGCAUUUUUGCAUUUGUUUUCGGCACGCUGUAUUGCUUUUGCGAGGCAGAUUUGUUUUGCAUUUCACAGGGAGCAAAUGAGCUGAAAUACACGAAAGCGCUGGAGGAUUCCUCUCACUUAGCCAGCACAGUUUGCUUGGAAAUCUCAAUCCAGAAUAUCCAGAAACUAACCAAAGCAACAUUGGUGCGGGAGGCUCUGUGAGCACGGGUGUGAGCGGCUAGCGUGCGACGCACGGCUGGCUGGAUGGGGCAGGCAGGCAGACAACACGGCUGGCAUUCUCCCACGCACGUUGUCAUGAAUUCCUGCCCCGCGGUGCCCGUAAACACCAUUGUGCUGUUCAUCUGCCGCAUUUGCAGCAGCAGCAGCAGGGAGAUUUCCCCUGAAAUGGAUUGCUGAGCCAGCGGCCGGCCGGACAAUGCAGCGAGCGCGGCACAAAGCCCGCCUUCCAGAAAGCCGUCGCACAAAGCCCAAAGCCCCGUCCAAGCCCCGACCUGCUGGGCUCGGCACAUCCCUCCCGCCAGUGCGGGGCCGGCGGCGGGGCUGAGCGGGCCGCAGCGGCAGCAUGCCCUUGCCGAGGCGCCGGUCGUCCUUCUUGGGGCAGCAGCCCCCGGCCUCCGCGACGGAGAGCGCGGCGGGGCCCGGGCGCCGCGUGAGCGUGGGGGGCCUGUCGAGGCCUCCCGGCGUCUACGUGGGCUCCGUGCCCACCGGAGGAGUGAGCAGCUUGGGCACCCGCGUGUCCCGCCGAGCCCUGGGCAUCAGCAGCGUCUUCCUCCAGGGCUUGCGCAGCUCCUGCUCCGCCGUGCCCCUGGCCGCGGGGCUGGAGAAGGGCAGGGCGCUCUCCUACGAGAGCCUGAACGGCUGCCUGGUGGAGUACAUCGAGAAGGUGCGAGCCCUCGAGCAGGUCAACCAGGAGCUGGAGGAGCACAUCCGAGUCUACCUGGACAAGAAAUCCUCCAGCGUGGGCAGUUGGGGAGCGCUGCGGGAGAGCUGGGAGGCCAUCUACCACCAGGUGGGUGAAGCAGUCCUGGAAAACGCCCGUCUCAUGCUGCACACCGAGAACAUUCAAGCCUGUGCUGAAGACUUUAAGGACAGGUAUGAAAAUGAGCAGCCAUUCAGAAAGGCAGUGGAAGAUGAAAUUAAUUCCCUUUAUAAAGUGAUUGAUGAUGCUAAUUUAACUAAAAUGGAUCUGGAGAGUCAGAUAGAAAGCAUGAAAGAAGAGCUGACUUUGCUGUCAAAGAAUCACGAAGAAGAUGUGAAGGUAUUGUACAAACAGCUUGCUGGAUCUCAGCUGGAAGAGCUUGAUAUUCCCCUGGGAAGUGGCCUGGACAACAUACUGGAAAAAAUCAGAAUCCACUGGGAGAGAGACAUCGAAAAGAAUCGUGCUGAGACGGGUGCCCUGCUCCGUACCAAGCAACAGGCUGAAGCGACAGCUGCAGUGAGAAGCCAGGAGGAAGAACUGGUGGAGGGCCUCAGAACCGAGUUCCACGAAACUGCCUGCAAAAUACAGAGCUUGCAGGCCGAAACUGAAUCCUUGAGAACCUUGAAGAGGGGUCUGGAGAACUCCUUGUACGAUGCCAAGCACUGGCAUGACAUCGAACUGCAGAACCUGGGCUCUGUCAUUUCCAAGCUGGAGGCAGAGAUGGCAGAAAUCAAAGCAGAAACUGAGCAGCAGCAGCGGGAUCGUGAAAAUCUGCUGACCAACAAGCAACAGCUGGAGAAAGACAUUGCUGCGUAUCACUGCCUUCUGGAUGGAGAGCAAAGCAGCUGAUUAUGAAAUUCCCAGCCCACGGAAGACCAUUGCUAUUCAAAGCAAAAGAAGAUGUCACUGCUAAGUAUGUUCGUGGAAGCUAAAAACCCAUCAAAGCAGCCUGCUCUACUCAGUUUGAUUCAACAGUCGAAGUAGGUUGUAGCUUGAACAACUUUAUUAGACCCUCUUCAUGUAAUUGCUUUGCUUAAAGAUUUCAAUUUACUCAUGUUGUUAAAAUUAUAAUAAAAAUAAAGAAUAUCAGCUUUUUUGUUUGUCUUUUUUGUUUCUUUCGGUAUUUUUCAUGACAGCUGAGGGGAGCUACAAUAGCACAGGACCUCCACUUUCCAGCAAGUAAACUUCUUUUUUUUUUGGUUUAAAUACAUUAAGAAUGAACUACUCCUCCACUGUGCAAACAGCACAAAUGGCAAGUGCUCUGCUGUGUCACAAGAGCAGCAGCUCAUUAGUGCAAAACGUAAUUCAAAUAAGGCUA